CUGCUGACCUCUCCUGUCCUGCCCUUCUCGCCUCCCACCGUCUAAGGAUCCAAAUGUCUUUUUCUGCAGGAAUAUAUUUUGUUUUGCCCUUCCUAGAUCAUGCGAUCACAGUGGAUAUGAGGACAAUAUCCUUUGAUAUCGCUCCUCAAGAAGUUCUUACAAAAGAUUCGGUGACAAUCAUGGUGGACGGUGUAGUUUAUUACCGCGUUCGGAACGCUAUCCUUUCCGUCGCAAAUGUGCUCUACGCAGACCCGGCCACUCGCCUCCUGGCUCAAACCACCUUGAGGAAUGUCUUGGGAACCAAAGAUCUUGCUCAGAUUCUCUCGGACAGAGAGGAAAUUGCCCACAGCAUGCAGGUCACUCUAGACAAGGCCACAGACGACUGGGGCAUAAAGGUGGAGCUCGUGGAGAUCAAGGAUGUGAAAUUACCCAUCCAGCUUCAAAGAGCCAUGGCUGCUGAAGCAGAGGCUGCUCGGGAAGCCAGAGCAAAGGUUAUUGCAGCGGAGGGUGAAAUGAAUGCCUCGCGGGCUCUGAGAGGAGCUGCAGCGAUCAUCAGCGAAAACCCGGCGGCGCUCCAGCUUCGGUACCUGCAAACGCUGACCACGAUUGCUGCCGAGAAGAAUUCCACCAUUGUCUUCCCCCUUCCUUUAGACAUCUUACAGUGUCUUGCCCCUUUGAAGCACUAGCUGGGGAUGACGAUGAAAGAAGAUGAGCUUUUCCAUGGUAGACCAAGAGGCAACUAAGCCCUUUUGACCAAAAUGUGUGUGUAUACGUUCGCAUAGGUGUUUAUGCAACAUCUAUUUAAUUUCUCCUUUCAGCAUGACUGAAAGCUCAACCCCGAGGAACACCUGAGCGUGCACUUUCUGACCCUUCUCUUCCCCCCCCCUUCCACUCAGCAGCUGCUUGCAUCAAAUAAAAACAGCGUAUUUACCUCACCCCCUUCCCCUGGUUUGCCAAAUAAGCCUCAAUCAGUAAUGUUGGUGCCAAAGGCUAAGCGAUGGGAACCCACAAGUGCUGGAUUCCCAUCCAAAGCCCCAAAUCAGUGAACCGAUCGAUCGGCUUAGCGCCGGGGGUGAAAGCCAAC